CCAGAGGGUCGCAAGGAUGGACGCAGGGAAACGGUGACCGGCUGAGAUCUAUCCUGCACCAGCGCCGUUGCCUGGAGACGCCGAAGGACGCCGUUGCCUGGAAACAGCAGGACUCCGUUGCUGGAGACUCAGAAGGCAAGAUCAGCAGCAGCAGCGCCUGGACCAUGGCAGCCCGCCAGAGGGAGAAAGUGGCCCAGGACGAGGUUCACCAGAACCAGAUCUUGCGGGAACUGUACCUCAAGGAGCUCCGCACGCAGAAGCUGUACACGCAGUACCACGUGAACCCCCUGCGCAAGGUCCACACCAUCACCAGAAAGCCCAUGUCUUGGCACGACAACCUGGAGGAACCCGCAGAUGCCAGGUUUCUGAAUCUCAUCCACCAUGCCGCUCAGGGACCAAGGAAGAAAUAUCCCGAGACCCAGACAGAGAGCCAGGAGAUCGGAUGGGACUCAGAGCCCUUGGUCAGCCCAGACCGCCAAGACCGCAGGCUGAAUCACUUCCGGGUGUACAACGACAUCACUCUGUACAAGGCUAAGAUGUGGAGCCUGGGAGAAAAGGAUCACAGCAAGUAGCCUCCUGAAUAUCCCCAGGCUGCACUGUCCAGGGAAAUAAAUAUUUCUUUUGUUAA